AUGGCGGGAGGUCGCAGGGGACUUGUGGCCCCUCAGAAUACUUUUUUGGAGAAUAUUGUCAGACGGUCAAACGAUACAAACUUUGUCCUGGGAAACGCUCAGAUUGUGGACUGGCCCAUCGUCUACAGCAAUGACGGUUUCUGCAAGUUAUCGGGGUACCACAGAGCCGAGGUGAUGCAGAAAAGCAGCACCUGCAGCUUCAUGUAUGGGGAGCUCACGGACAAGGACACGACGGAAAAAGUGCGGCUAACGUUCGAGAAUUAUGAGAUGAAUUCGUUUGAAAUACUGAUGUAUAAAAAGAACAGGACGCCUGUUUGGUUUUUUGUGAAGAUUGCUCCCAUUCGAAAUGAACAAGAAAAAGUGGUCCUGUUUUUGUGCACAUUCAGCGACAUCACGGCCUUUAAACAGCCUAUUGAAGACGAUUCUUCCAAAGGUUGGGGAAAGUUUGCCAGACUGACUCGAGCUCUUACAAGCAGCAGAGGAGUCCUACAACAGCUGCAGCCCACAGUCCACAAAGGAGAAAAUGUCCACAAACACUCCCGCUUAGCUGAGGUCCUGCAGCUCGGCUCAGACAUCCUACCUCAGUACAAACAGGAGACCCCUAAAACCCCUCCUCACAUCAUCUUGCACUACUGCCUCUUCAAGACCACGUGGGACUGGGUCAUCCUCAUCCUCACCUUCUACACCGCCAUCAUGGUGCCCUACAACGUCUCCUUCAAGACGAAGCAGAACAACGUGACGUGGCUGGUGGUGGACAGCAUCGUGGACGUCAUAUUCUUAGUGGACAUCGUUUUAAACUUUCACACCACGUUUGUGGGCCCAGCUGGCGAGGUCAUCUCUGACCCCAAGCUGAUUCGAAUGAACUACCUGAAGACCUGGUUUGUUAUCGACCUGCUGUCUUGCCUGCCCUAUGAUGUCAUCAACGCCUUCGAGAAUGUAGAUGAGGGGAUCAGCAGUCUCUUCAGUUCACUCAAGGUUGUUCGCCUCCUCCGUUUGGGUCGGGUUGCCCGUAAACUGGAUCACUACAUCGAGUACGGAGCGGCUGUGCUAGUCCUGCUGGUGUGUGUUUUUGGACUGGCUGCUCACUGGCUGGCCUGCAUUUGGUACAGCAUCGGUGAUUACGAGGUUAUCGAUGAAGAAACCAACAUCGUGCGCAUGGACAGCUGGCUCUACAUCCUGGCUGAGACGGUGGGCACGCCGUACCGCUUCAAUGCCAGUGGCUCAGGGAAGUGGGAGGGCGGCCCUAACAAGGACUCUGUCUACAUCACUUCCUUGUACUUCACCAUGACCAGCCUGACGAGUAUCGGCUUUGGAAACAUUGCCCCGACCACAGACGGAGAGAAAAUCUUUGCCGUGGCCAUGAUGAUGAUUGGAUCCCUUCUUUAUGCCACCAUCUUUGGUAACGUAACGACGAUCUUCCAGCAGAUGUACGCCAACACGAACCGUUAUCAUGAGAUGCUGAACAGCGUCCGGGACUUCCUCAAGCUCUACCAGGUGCCCAAGGGCUUGAGCGAAAGGGUCAUGGACUACAUUGCAUCAACCUGGUCCAUGUCACGGGGUAUAGACACUGAAAAGGUGUUGCAGAUUUGUCCAAAGGACAUGAGAGCAGAUAUUUGCGUUCAUCUCAACCGGAAGGUUUUUAAAGAGCAUCCAGCUUUCCGGCUGGCGAGCGACGGGUGUCUCAGAGCGUUGGCCAUGGAGUUUCAGACCAUCCACUGUGCACCUGGCGAUCUCAUCUACCACGCUGGUGAAAGUGUGGACAGCCUCUGUUUUGUGGUGUCUGGAUCGCUGGAGGUUAUUCAGGAUGACGAGGUGGUGGCAAUUUUAGGUAAGGGAGAUGUAUUUGGAGAUGUUUUCUGGAAAGAAGUGACUCUGGCUCAAGCCUGCGCCAACGUCCGAGCCCUGACCUACUGUGACCUCCACGUCAUCAAACGCGAUGCCCUGCAGAAGGUGCUGGAGUUUUACACGGCCUUCUCCAACCACUUCUCAAGAAAUCUGCUGCUCACUUACAACUUGCGUAAGAGGAUCGUCUUCCGAAAGAUCAGUGAUGUGAAACGAGAGGAGGAGGAGCGACAGAGACGUAAAAAUGAAGCCCCUCUGAACUUGCCACCAGAUCAUCCAGUAAGAAAACUCUUCCAGCGCUUUAGACAGCAGAAAGAAGCCCGCCUGGUGACAGACAAGCCAGAAUUAGAUGAACACGAUAUUGAGAAGGGCCAGGUGUUCGUGGACAUCCCUAUAGCUAAAACAGCCAUUACCACUACCAGCAUUGUCACAGUAACAGAAAGCCCAGCAACACCCUCAUCUUCCACGCCUUCAUCUUCAACACCCCCCAACUGUACUCCUAAAGACAAGGCGAAGCUGCAGGUGCCGCCCCCAGUUUCCCUUGUGGGAGGUCGGGUUGCUGAGCCAGUCAAAGUGAAAGGCUGGGGUCGCUUCAAAGAGUCAAUGGCCAAAGCUGACAACUGGAACAAAGUGUCUAAAGCGGAGUCUAUGGAGACUUUGCCUGAACGGACCAAGGGGCACGAAUCACAGAUGUCUCUAAAGAAGACGGACUCAUGUGACAGCGGUAUCACCAAAAGUGACCUGCGCCUUGACAAAGUUGGUGACUUCCGCUUGACCCCGCAGGACCGCAGUCCAGUGCAGCCCCCGGAGACCCGACACACCUUCUACCCCAUCCCAGAGCAAACACUUCAAGCUUCACUUCAAGAGCUCAAGCUGGAGCUGAAGGACGACCUCAAGAACCUAAAUGUUCGAAUGUCUGGGCUGGAGGCGCAACUCACUGAAGCACUUCAACUCCUCAAAGCGAGGAAAUCAGCUGCUGGAUCUCCGCAGCAUCUCUUUGACAUUUCUAGACCUGCUUCACCUGAACUCGACAAAGAAGACAUCUUCUCUUGA